AUGGGUAAACCCAGACCUCACAAAAAGAAAGCAUCCAAAUCCAAGUCCAAGUCCGUUCUCAGCGCUGGCGGCUCGGUCUCGAAACAGAAAAUGAAUGAAGAUCCUUCAAAGCUCCUCGAACAAGCGACCACACUCCUCCAGACAGGACAGCCAGAUGUAGCGCUUCCGGUCGCCCAACAGGCGCUCGAACUUGCGCCGGCCAAUUCGCCCGCCCAGCUUUCGGCCUUGAACAUCGUCGCGGAGAUUUACGUUGAGCUGGGAGAGAUUGAUGUUGCGAGACAGCAUUUCAUGCGCGCGGUUGAGCUGGACCCGACUGGCGCAAUUCCUGAAAGCCAGGGAGGUGGCGCUGAAAAGUUCAUGUGGCUUGCUCAAUUGAGCGAGCUUGGAGGCAAGGACAGUGUUCAAUGGUUUGAGAAGGGUGUUUCUUGUCUCCGGCAAGUUAUUCAACAGCUUGAACAGAGCCCAGGUCCUGCGGAAGCUAUUGAGUUGGAGGAGAAGAAACGGAAGAUGGCCAAUGCCCUAUGUGCUGUUGCUGAGAUCUACAUGACCGAUCUUUCGUGGGAAGAAGAUGCUGAAGCCCGUUGCGAAACUCUCAUUACAGAGGCUCUUUUGGUCAACUCAAAUGCACCGGAAGUGCUCCAAACUCUCGCCUCGAUCCGAAUCUCACAGCUGCGAACUGAUGAGGCUCGGGCGGCACUCACAAAAAGUCUCGAGCUAUGGAAGGACCUACCACCCGAGGACCCAAUAGUCCCUGACUUCGCCACAAGGAUCAGUUUGGCUCGUCUAUUGAUGGAGGUCACCAUGGAACUUGAAGCACUUGAAGUCCUAGAACGGUUGAUCUUAGAAGACGACCAGAGUGUAGAGGCCUGGUACCUUGGAGGAUGGUGUCUCUAUCUUCUCGCCGAGAAGAAGGAAGCGCCCAAGGAGGAAGAGCUGGACAGUGAAACUCCCGAGGCAAGACGCCAUGCUUCACUGGUCGCUAGCCGGGAAUGGCUGAAGCAGGGCUUGAUCCUCUACGAAUCGAUUCAAUACGAAGAUAAGCCGGUGUCGGAUAAAUCCGCUCCGACCGCUUUCCCCGGAGAUUCGCAGAGCCAAAUUUAUCCCGGCAGAUCGUACAUGCGCGUGGCGAAAAAUUCAAUGAUGGACCUUGUACCAGCGCCCGGCGGGGAGAGCUCUUCGUUGAAGAAUCCGGUGGUCGAAGUGGAAGCCGUCGAUAUGACCUCCGCGGAAGUGGAAGAGACCGUUGCGACAGAGAAUCCGGUCUCUGCGCAAGGCAAUAUAUCUCCGUCGGAAGAGGACUCAGAUAGCGGUGAAUCGGGAGACGAAUGGGAAACACAGUCACUCUAUGAAGACGCUAUCCAAGUCCUUCGUGACGAGCAACUGCGGGAAGGGGUCGUCCCUGAUGCUUGUACAUUAGACGAGGCCAUUGCAUUCCGAAAGCGCCUACAUGAAGUUGGCAAGGCCGCGUUCGUUGAGGAAACCAUUGCUCAGGACAAAAUCUCAACGAGUCUCGGUAUUCCGGAUUUUCGGUCCAAGGACACCGGACUCUACUCGCAAUUGGCGCAUUUGGGUCUCAGCGAUCCGCAGGAAGUUUUCGAUAUUCAUAUCUUCCGCGAUGACCCGAGCAUCUUCUACUCGAUUGCGAAGGAUAUUUUGCCUACUGAGAAGAAAUACUCGCCCACUCAUGGCUUCAUCCGGCUCCUGCAGGAUAAAGGAAAGCUCCUGACCAACUACACCCAGAACAUCGAUAAUAUCGAGGCGAAUGCAGGCGUUCUUCCCGAGAAGAUUGUGCAGUGUCAUGGUUCCUUUGCAACGGCCACGUGUGUUAAAUGCGAGUAUAAGGUGUCGGGUGAUGCGCUCUUCGAAGACAUCAGGAAGGGAAACGUUCCCGAAUGCACUUCCUGCCAGAAGGCGAUUGAGGAAGACUCUUUGAGGCCACAGGGGCAAAAGCGCAAACGUAGCACUAAUGGCACCCACAAGAGCCGGAAAUCCGAUGGGGACGAGAGCUCUGAAGAGGAAGACUACGAGCUCCCUACUCCCGGGGUGAUGAAGCCUGACAUCACCUUCUUUGGCGAAGAUCUUCCCGAUGAGUUUGGACAGCGCCUGAUUCGCCAUGACCGUGACAAAGUCGAUCUGGUCAUCGUCAUUGGUACCUCGUUGAAAGUGGCUCCUGUGGCAGAAGUGCCAGGCGUGCUGCCCCGUCAUGUGCCGCAGAUCUAUAUCUCUCGGACUGGUUGUCGGCGCAUAGCGACGGUGUUCGGUCAUAGGAUCUCUGGUCCCUGUCUAUUGAGGGACGGCGUACUGCCCGAGCAAGUCUGGUGGGCUUCGGUCAGCAUGGAAUAUGUGGUCCGCUUCGCGCAGGUCCACGAGACUUUUCGACGACCGGAGAUCGAGUCUCUGGCCGCUCUGGCCGGGAUUGAUUUGGAAAUCGUAUAUUAUGACCCAUUUUCACCAUACUGCGUAGUAAAACUGCCCAAUGAAGCAGAUGCACACACCCUGAUCGCACGCAGUAUCCUAGCAAAAGAUGUGUUCGAACUCUGGGGCCAAGGCACCAACUAUGAGGAAGUGCACGCCGACGUCCGCAGGCGGACACAGCACCGCUGGGAUGAGUUCCAGAAAGUGUCUUUCCGGUUCACUAUCGACUCCUUCUCCGGGAAGCGCAGUAUGGAGGCCAAGCGAGCCAUCAUCCAAUCGUUCGCGUAUCUGGGCUUCGACGGCCCCAUCCGGAUGAAGAAUCCCGACGAGGACUUCUGGGUCCUGGAAGACUUCGUUUCGGACAUUGAGAUCGCGACGAGAUCUCCCGGUGCAACACACGCCUACAGCGAUGUCCAGGAGCCCAGGAAGAUCUAUCUCGGUCGUUGGCUUGCUAACAGCAGUCGCGAUGUCGUCCUGAAAUACGACUUGAAGAAACGCCGGUAUAUCAGCACCACGUCGAUGGAUGCCGAGCUGAGUCUGGUCACGGCCAAUAUGGCCCACGCUGCCCCCGGAAGACUGUUCUAUGACCCUUUUGUCGGGACGGGCAGCUUCUGUGUUGCGGCGGCACAUUUCGGAGCCUUGACCUGUGGGUCGGAUAUUGACCCACGGAGUUUCAAGGGCAGGGAGAAGAAGGAGAAAGCGCCUAUGGGGCUGUUUACGAACUUCCAACAAUACGGCAUCGAGAGCAAGUUUAUGGAUGCGUUCUCGUCGGACCUGACGAACACACCGCUGUUGAAUCGUCAGUUCUUGGACGGUAUCGUCUGUGACCCCCCCUAUGGUGUCCGUGAAGGCCUUAGGGUUCUGGGAACUCGGGACGGUAGUGGUCGAGAAGAGGUGAUCAUCGAUGGUGUUCCAGCGCAUUAUCGACCGGGUUACAUCCCUCCUAAGAAACCGUACGGCUUCGAAGCCAUGCAGAACGAUAUUCUCGCCUUUGCGUCCAGGACCCUCGUCACCGAUGGCCGUCUGUGCAUGUGGAUGCCCACCUCCAUCGACGAGGAUGUGGAGCUGCUCAUUCCCAUGCAUCCACACUUGGAGGUUGUCAGCGUUUCCGUGCAGCCGUUCAAUCAAUGGUCCCGCCGAUUGAUCACCUACCGACGACUACCCGAGGGGCAGGUCUCAGACAUCUCCAAGGCACGACAGAAGGGCGAUUCGGAAGGAAUCAGCGCGGAUGAUCUGAAUGCGUUCAGGAGAAAGUACUUCACGAAAAACCCCAACAAAAGGUCCGAGAAAGGCAGCCCUGCACCGCAACAAAGCUGA